AAGUCACCGAACCGGGAUUGAUUCUGGAGGGUUGCGCGUUGAGAUGGACAUGGGGGAAUACGGAGAUUGGGUUAUAUAAACCCAAUUGAUACUCGGGAUUCAAAAGAAGAAAAACCAUUAGAUUAUUCCAAUCAACAAAGCUUUCAUCAUUGAAAGGAUUUAUUUUACAUUUCUAUUGUUGACAUUCGCUAUUCGUCAUGGACAACAUUGUACACAAGGUCAAGGACGCCGUUACUGGCCACGGCUCUUCUUCCAAGGGAAGCAGUGGCCAGUAUGACUCUGCUAAGCAGGGUUCUAACUAUGGCUCCAAUGAUGCGUACCACGGUGGAUCUUUCAAUAACAACGCUAGCUCCUACGACUCCUCCAACCUUGGCAAUAAGGGCAGUGACUUGAAAAACCAAGGCGGAAACUACGGAAAGGACACUGGCAGCUACGGAAACUACGGAAAGGACACUGGCAGCUACGGAAAGGAUACUGGCAGCUACAGCACCGGUGCCAGUGACUAUGGUUCCCCUCGUGGUAACUAUGGCUCGGGCGCUGCUGGCUCGGGUACCGCUGGCUCGGGUGCUGGCAACUACGGAUCUUCAAACACUGGCGGCUAUGGUAGUGGUAACAAACAGUCUGGAAGCUACGGCGGACAUGACAACAUCGCCUCCCCCAAGACCGGGAACUACGGUUCCCAUCAGACUGGCAACUUCGGAGCAGCAACCGACAACUACGGAUCUUCGAACACUGGCGGCUACGGUAACCAGCAGCCUGGAAACUACGGCUCCGGAUCAGACAAAUAUGGAUCUGAGACCGGAGGCUAUGGCAGCCAGACUGACAGCACCGGCGCAGGAACUGGUGGCAUAGGCCAUGGAGGUGGUUCUGACACUGGUCGUCACAGCUCGAACUUGGCGAACAAGUUAGACCCGAGAGUGGACUCCGACAAAGACAACCGUGCUCGUCACCAGGCCUUCGGCGGUGGUGCUCAGGGUGGUAGCAGCUACAACAAUCCGAGCUCGACCGCAGGACCUCACAACUCUAACUUGACCAACAAGUUGGAUCCCCGAGUUGACUCGGACUUGGACAACCGCGCUACUCUUGGAACUCAGCGCUAAUUGCCGUUUUAAAGGAGCAACGACAACAUGUUACGACUAAUGCGUUAUUGACUUUGAUUCUGACUUGAUAAUAUUGGGCUUUCUUUUGUUUCGUGUAUUAUAGCAGAUUGAGUCCUUUUAUAGGAACAUAAUUGUCAUUUUCUACGAAUUUCUCACAGAUUAUGGACAUCUAAAAUGCUUGCAGUGUAUAACCAGUGAUCUCGACUUGCUGAAGAAAGCAUAGAACCAGAGGUGUAGGUGGACAAGGGCAUCUUCAACAUCAGGCACAAGCACUUUAUUUCUAAACUCUCAAAACCUCAUGCGGCGUUGACAUCACUCGAGCUUUCCAUCCUUAUAGCGAC